GUACAUCACAUCGUCUUUAGGAUCCUCCCCUUUCCUUGGUGACUCGUGGGGGCAAGGCAAGUGACGGCGGUGUUCUUCAGGGAAAUCUGGCAAAUAUGUUGUUGGCCAGACGUGGAUCCGCAUAUCUCAUGAACCAUGGUUCUGUACUUAAGGCUGAAGUGGUUCAUCGUUCCAAUUGUUGGAGGCUGGCUUCUGUCUGUAGGUCAUUCAGCACCCAUGCUGCCCCAUCAGGAAAUACUCAGCCUCCUUCCCCACCCCCACCCCCACCCCCACCUGAAAAAACCCAUUUUGGUGGCCUGAAGGAUGAAGAUCGCAUUUUCACUAAUCUAUAUUGUCUGCAUGAUCCUUUCCUAAAAGGUGCCAUGAAAAGGGGUGACUGGUAUAGAACCAAGGAUUUGGUACUCAAAGGUAGUGACUGGAUUGUUAACGAAAUGAAGAAAUCUGGUUUGCGAGGUCGUGGAGGAGCCGGUUUUCCAUCUGGUCUGAAGUGGUCUUUCAUGCCCAAGACAUCUGAUGGUCGUCCUUCUUACCUUGUCGUUAAUGCUGAUGAAAGUGAACCUGGUACAUGUAAAGACAGGGAAAUCAUGCGCCAUGAUCCUCAUAAACUGCUGGAGGGAUGCCUUAUUGCUGGAGUUGGUAUGAGAGCAACAGCUGCAUACAUCUACAUUAGAGGGGAGUAUGUAAAUGAGCGGUUGGCACUUGAAAAGGCUAGAAAGGAAGCAUACCAAGCUGGAUUGCUGGGAAAGAAUGCUUGUGGAUCUGGAUACGAUUUUGAAGUACACAUACAUUUUGGUGCUGGGGCUUACAUCUGUGGUGAAGAGACAGCAUUGAUAGAGAGUCUUGAAGGAAAACAGGGGAAACCACGACUGAAGCCUCCUUUCCCAGCCAAUGCCGGACUGUAUGGCUGUCCAACCACUGUAACCAAUGUGGAAACUGUGGCUGUGUCUCCUACAAUUUUACGCCGGGGGCCUGAAUGGUUUGCAAGUUUUGGGAGGAAAAACAACUCUGGCACAAAACUAUUCUGUAUAUCUGGUCAUGUAAACAAACCUUGCACGGUAGAAGAAGAGAUGAGCAUCCCAUUGAAGGAAUUGCUAGAAAGGCACUGUGGUGGUGUUAGAGGGGGUUGGGAUAACCUAUUAGCAGUUAUCCCAGGAGGUUCUUCUGUUCCUCUUCUUCCAAAGCACAUAUGUGAUGAUGUCUUGAUGGAUUAUGAUGCUCUUAAAGCUGUUCAGUCUGGACUGGGUACUGCAGCUGUCAUUGUAAUGGACAAAUCCACUGACGUUGUGGAUGCAAUAGCAAGACUGUCUUACUUCUAUAAGCAUGAAAGCUGUGGUCAGUGCACACCCUGCAGGGAGGGGACUGGAUGGCUGUGGAUGAUUAUGGAGAGGUUGAAGGUGGGGAACGCUAAGCUAGAGGAGAUCGAUAUGCUCCAGGAAGUUACCAAGCAGAUUGAAGGGCACACUAUCUGCGCUUUGGGCGAUGCUGCUGCUUGGCCAGUGCAGGGGCUUAUUCGGCAUUUUAGGCCAGAACUAGAAAGGAGAAUCAAGGAGAGAGCACAGAAAGAGCUCUUGGAGGCAGCAGCUGCCUAAGUGCUCUACUCAAAGUUAUCUCUAUCUUUAAAUUAAUUUCCCGCAUUUCAGCAUCUAGCAAGAAUAAUGAAACGCAGCUAAGAAUCACAGUAGUCCCGGAGUAGGUCUCAUGUAUCAAUUUCUGGUCUUUUGAGACUGCAAAUUCUGCCAGUGUUCAUUAUUGUCUUCUUAACGGAUUAUUUGUGCAGCCGUGAGUCUGCACCUCGAAUCUUACCAAACUUCAUUUUAACUCUUGGUUUGAUUGAAAUUCAUCAAGUCGACACUUUUGCUGAACCUUCUUCUCAAUGCUGUGUAAUAUAGUUACAGAUGAUACUUCAAUCUUCCUGUAAAGUAUAUUUGGGUUGCUUUUGCAGA